AUGGCGUCUCCGAUCGGAAAUGCAGUACGGCGACAGGCAAUAACUAUUACGGACGCUGCUGCGGUUAGAAUAAGGAAUCUACUUCAUCAACGGCAACGUUCAUUUCUUAAACUCGGUGUUAAAGCUCGUGGUUGUAACGGCUUAUCCUAUACCCUCAAUUACGCCGACGAGAAAGCUAAAUUUGAUGAGUUGAUUGAAGAGAAGGGAGUAAAAAUUCUUAUUGAUCCUAAGGCAUUGAUGCACGUGAUUGGCACCAAAAUGGAUUUUGUAGAUGAUAAAUUGAGGUCUGAGUUCAUAUUUAUUAAUCCCAACUCCAAAGGGCAAUGCGGUUGUGGUGAGUCUUUCAUGACAACAGCCAGUAAAGGAGCUGGAAAGUGAGAUGAUUUUCGCGCUGAGACAUGAUGUUUAUAAUGUACUUUUCACUAGGAUAGAUAAAUGAUGAAAUAAAGAUUUACUCCUGGAAUUAUCUGCCAUAUCUUACACAUAUAUCUUCCUAAUGUGUUCAUUGGAUGUAAGAAUUGCCAGUCAUGCUGGUUGUAUAAAUCUACUGAUACUAAUCGCACAGAUAUCCAAAGAUUUUGUGGCGAAUGUUAUUUACUGGA